ACACUGUUUACAUAUCAUGAAGAAAAAGGUAUAAAAGUGGGAUUCUGAAUACAGCUUCACACAAUCCUCAUUAAAGUUCUGAAAGCAAGAAUCCAUAAAGCGAUUUAUCAUGGCAGUGAUGAGAGGUCUUGUGCUUCUUUUCUUGGUCUUUUCUGGGGAGAAUGCAGCAGCUGAAGACUGUAAAUUUGGAUGGACACCUUUUGGAGUGGAAUGCUUCAAGUUCUUCCCCGAGGCAGUUGACUGGGUCACAGCAGAGAAAAAUUGUGAAAGCCUUGAUGCAAAUCUUGCGUCUGUGCGCAGUAAAGCACAAAAUGAGUUUCUCCUUAGUCUGGUACCUGUUAACACACGUGUUUGGAUUGGAGGUCAUGAUGGUGAAAUGGAAAAACAAUGGCUGUGGACUGACGGAUCUCCAUUUGACUACACCAACUGGUGCAAUACAGAACCUAACAAUAAGGAUGGUUCUGAGCACUGCCUGGAACUCAACUGGACCAAAAACCGUUGCUGGAACGAUGGAACCUGUGCUACCCUAAAGGGUUACAUUUGUGCUCAAAACCGCUGAAGAGAAUUCUGCAUACAGUUCACUUUUGAAAUUGUACCACAGCAUCAUCUAAACGUCCAUAACUUGAAAUAUGUCUCACAGCAAUAAAAGCAUUUCAAAUGCAAAUUGUCUGAAUUGUGGAGUCAAACUUUUUGUCAUGUAAAAAAUUAAGUAAUAAAUCAAUCUUAACAUUCAAC